AUGGGUCAAGCUCUGAGCUCGGCAUCCCUCACCUCCCAACAGUAUCUUUACCUCACGUCGACGACUUCUCCUCAUGGUACCGACAGCUUCGAUCAAUUCCCAAGUGGUCUCGCUCCCGGUCUUCUCAAGCAGAACACUGCUAACUUCAAAGCAGGUGUUGGGGGUCUGGACUUGGUUGAAGGGGAGAGAGGCAUAUCAGAGAUUGUCGAAGCCGGAGAGCACGCAGAAGGCAAUGAGUUUGCUGACGGUGUAGUUGUUGGGGUGGAGGCCGUGGGUGAUGAAGACGGCAUGGGUGGGUUUGAGUGUGCGUAUACUGGAGUGACCGAAGAGUUGGCUGAUUGCCUGGGUUUCUGGAAGAGUUCUGGUCUGGAAUUGCUAAAAUUUCGUGAAGCUGGAGUUGAAGUCGUUUGGAAGGACAUCAGAAAGCGAUGGGACAGGCAAUCUCAGGCAUUUUAUAACUUAUUUAGACAGGCAGACAGAGUUGAAAAGCUUGCUGAAAUUAUCCAAAGAUUGGAGCAAGGUGAUCUGAAGCUUAGAGUUCGGACUUUAGAAUCUGAGAGGGCGUUCCAGCGAGUUGCUACUGUCCAGAAGACUGUUGGAAAUGUGAGUUCAGCUGGCAUAUUAGCUAGUGCAAUUAUGCAUAAUGCCUAUCUUUUCGGAAGUUGUUUAAGUGCAUAAUAAGUUAAUAACCUCACAAUGGAACUUCUCAUUAUAUACAAGCACUGAAGUAGUUCAUUUCAGUGAUUUAUACACAUUUUCACCUUGUCUUAAAGAUUGUUGGAUGAUAGGAUCAUCGGAGCAACAAAAUAUACCAAUUUAUGUAGUAACAUUGUUAUACUACAUCAGAAUCCUGUUUAUGAUAAGUAGAAACCUGCUUAAUCGUGUUAUCUUGAUUGGUCAACUACUUGAACGGCUUAAAAUAUUGUAGCAAUCAUGGCAAUCA